UCCACCUGAUUAGUUUUGGAGUUUAGAUAUGGGAAUUAGUUUCCUGAUCAUGGUUCUUGUCUUGUUCAGUGUUCUGACUUAUGUACAACUCUACAGGAAUUAUAUCCUAUUCCUCCACCUGACAGAACACAAGAAGAUAUACCUCUUCUUCUAACUGUACGAUCCGCAAAAAGAACAACCGGCACCGCGGUAUAUGUGGGGACACGUUUUGUGAAGGGAAGUGGCAAGCCUAUGAAAUUCUUAGAAAGCUUAAUGAGAUGGAUGGAUUCUCUCCAGAUGAAGAGAUUUAACUUUUUGAGAUGGUAGGAAUUUGGCCAACUAUACUAUGAGAAGGAAAAUAAACCCAGUUGAAGAAGCUUGAGCACAUUGAUAUGCAAUAAUUGAAAACAUUGUUUAUUCUGCUGUGUUAGGUUGUAUGCUUGAAUUAUCUGGAGAAACUGAAGGAAGAUGAUUUCUCUCUAGAGCUGUAACUACUUUCAUGUUCCAAAUGUCUGUUGCUGUCUUAUUUUUUGAAUUUUUUGUUUCUUUCUUGCAGUAACUUAUGUGUCUCUUCUUCUUUUUUAAAUGUAUAAGGUAAUAACUUUUGAUAAUGUCACGGAAAGAGUUGCUCGGCAUCUUGGUUUGGAUGACCCAACCAAAAUCAAACUUACUCCUCACCGCUGUUGCUCGCAGCAACCCAUAGCUCCAGCCAUUAAGUACCAUGGUUUUGACCACUUGUCUGAGAUGUUGAUUCACCACAAUCAGAAAUCUGAUAUUUUGUAUUUCGAAGUCUUGGACAUCCCUCCACCACUGUUAGAAGGUUUAAAAACUCUGAAUGUUUCUUUUCAUCAUGCAAAAAAAGAUACUGUCAUUCACCGAAUUAGUCUUCCAAGCAAAAGUACAUUUUCAUUCUUACAGAUUCUAGAGGAGGAGAAGAACUUGGGUACUCGGGAUUGCUUGGUUUAUGUUUAUCACUUCAUAGAAGAUGCAUCUGAGACCCAAAAGUGUUCGGUAGUAAAGACUUUAGUCCCAAUGUCACUACCAAAACCUACCAUAUCUUGAUAUACGAAAACUUAGAUGCAAAGUCUAACCAUAUUCUAGAUCUUAACUGAGCUGCUAAUAACAGACUCAAUUUGUGACCUUUCCAA